UAUAAUGACUGAAGAAAGUAAUGAUAUUUGGAAAGAAUUAGCCGAAAUACCAGCAGAUCCACCUGAAAUGCGAGAUCAAUGUUCACAAUGCAGAAGACCAAUUACUGUUUGUUGGUGUCCAGGAUUACCUAAAACUCGUUUGUGUCCUCAAUCACGACUAAUUAUUCUCCAACAUCCUGCAGAGGUUAAACGGUGUCUUCGUACUGCUCCGAUGCUUUCAUUGUCUUUGGAACAAAAUAAAUGCCUUGUAUUUCGUGGUAAAAAAUUUUCAUCAAAACAUGAAGAUCUUAUGGAAAUUUUCAAGGACAAAGAUACAAUACUGCUUUAUCCAUCGGCUGAUGCUGUUGACAUAAAUGAGCUUCCUAAAGUCGGUGUCAAUGGACAAAGACCUUACAAUCUUGUUCUACUGGAUGGCACUUGGCCUCAAGCUAAAGCUAUUUAUCAUUCUACUCCAUAUUUGUCACAACUUAGAGCUUGUAAAUUAGUACAAAGUACGGCGAGUAGUUAUGUUAUAAGGACACAACCAACUGAAGGAUGCUUAUCUACACUUGAAAGCGGUGCGUUUUCACUGGCUAUUCUAGAAAACCAACUGUGGUACAAAGAUGCAAUGCUUGGUCCACUGCAUUAUCUUUGCAAAUUUCAGUUGGAGAAUGGAGCAGUGACACACCAGAGUAAAGAGUUUUUAAUCAAACAAAAAACGUAUCCUAAAUUAGUAGGUAAACGACUGGCUAGACAAUUAAAAAUAAAUUCAAAUGAAUUACAUAAUUAAAUACUUAGAUAAU